CUGCUAACCACCAGGCACGGUGGCAUGCAUGUGCUGUGCAUCAUACAACUCUGUGACGCGACCUGAGAGCUCCCUGUUUUGCAGAGGAGAACCCUGAGGCUCAAGAGAGUGAGUAACUUGCCCAAGGAUGUCCAAGAUGGCUCAAACGUCAGAAUCCGAAUAUUUGGGAAAAAAGGAGUGAACCUCCCAAGAAAAUGAUGGAGAACUGGAAAGUACUCAGAGCAGAGACCGGACCAGGGAAGGCAGAGCUGGAGCUCAGAAGCGCUUUGGGGGCGCCGUGAAGAGGCAGAUGGGAAUGCAAGGUUCAUUCCAGGACAGUGGCAAGAAGGUGGGCUCCAGAUCCCAAUCCUGGCUACCCCCACUCACCAGUUCAAGACCCCAGGUCUUGACGCACGACUGCUCUCGGAGUCAAAUAGUAAAAAGAUCCCCAGGAUGUAAGCAGCACGGGACUGAUACGAUGCUGCCUAAUGUGUUUAGUGAUUGGAGCAAUUACAGUUUUCUGUGCUGAAAUCAUUCUUGAAAAUUUAAACACUGGACUUCAGCAUUCAAGGGAAGCCAAAGCCAUCUGAGGGGAGGAAUAAAGCCAAAAGCCCUUUACUGUAUUUCUUCUUAAAAUCUCACUACCCAACCUCCCCUCCUCCCUCAAAACAAGCCAUUGCACCGGACGGGCAGCAUGGCCAGCAGACGAAAAUCCACAACUCCAUGCAUGGUUCGGACAUCCCAAGUGGUGGAACAGGAUGUGCCCGAGGAGGCGGACAGGGCCCAGGAGAAAGGAGUCGGCACGCCGCAGCCCGACGUGGCCAAGGAUGGUUGGACGGCAGAACCUGAGAAUUCUUCCAAGGAAAAUGAAGUGAUAGAGGUGAAACCUACAGGGGAAAACCAGUCCAAAAAACCACAGGGUGGUUACGAAUGCAAAUACUGCCCCUACUCCACGCAGAACCUGAACGAGUUCACGGAGCACGUUGACAUGCAGCACCCCAACGUGAUUCUCAACCCCCUCUACGUGUGCGCCGAAUGUAACUUCACAACCAAAAAGUACGACUCGUUGUCCGACCACAACAGCAGGUUCCACCCGGGGGAGACCAACUUCAAGCUGAAGCUAAUCAAACGCAAUAAUCAAACGGUGCUGGAGCAGUCCAUCGAAGCCAGCAACCACGUCAUUUCCAUCACCAGCAGUGGCCCUGGAAGUGGCGCUGCUGAUCCUGGGGUCUCAGUGAUUAAAACUCCCCUAAUGAAGCCAGGGAAGCCGAAAGCUGAUGCCAAGAAGGUGCCCAAGAAGGCGGAGGAUGCCACCCCCGAGAACCACGUGGCAGGGGCCGCCCGCCUGGUGACUGACGCGGCUGAGAUCCUCUCCCGCCUUGGCGGCGUGGAGCUCCUCCAGGACACGCUGGGGCACGUCACGCCUUCUGUACAGCUCCCACCAAAUAUCAACCUUGUCCCCAAGGUCCCUGUCCCGCUGAACACGACCAAAUACAACUCUGCCCUGGACACGAAUGCCACCAUGAUCAACUCCUUCAACAAGUUCCCUUACCCAACGCAGGCUGAGCUGUCCUGGCUGACCGCUGCCUCCAAACACCCAGAGGAGCACAUCAGAAUCUGGUUUGCCACCCAGCGCCUGAAACAUGGCAUCAGCUGGUCACCAGAGGAGGUGGAGGAGGCCAGGAAGAAGAUGUUUAAUGGCACCAUCCAGUCGGUCCCCCAGACAAUCACUGUGCUGCCCGCCCAGCUGACCCCUACCAAGGUGGCCCAGCCCAUCCUCCAGACAGCCGUCCCCUGCCAGAUACUUGGCCAGACCAGCCUGGUGCUGACCCAGGUGACGAGCGGGUCAACCACCGUCUCUUGCUCCCCCAUCACACUUGCUGUGGCCGGAGUGACCAACCACGGCCAGAAGAGACCUUUGGUGACCCCCAAAGCUGCCCCCGAGCCCAAACGUCCACACGUCGCCCAAGUGCCAGAACCCCCACCCAAGGCGGCCAACUCCCUACUGACCCCAGUCGUCGACCGCAAGAAGACGAAGGAGCAGAUAGCGCAUCUCAAGGCAAGCUUUCUCCAGAGCCAGUUCCCCGACGAUGCCGAGGUCUACCGGCUCAUCGAGGCGACCGGCCUUGCCAGGAGCGAGAUCAAGAAGUGGUUCAGUGACCACCGGUAUCGGUGUCAAAGGGGCAUCGUCCACAUCACCAGCGAAUCCCUUGCCAAAGACCAGCUGGCCAUCGCGGCCUCCCGGCAUGGCCGCACAUACCACACAUACCCUGACUUUGCCCCACAGAAGUUCAAAAUGAAAACACAGGGUCAGGUGAAAAGCCUGGAAGAUAGCUUUCUGAAAAGCUCUUUUCCAACCCAAGCAGAACUGGAUCGGCUAAGGGCAGAGACCAAGCUGAGCAGGAGAGAGGUAGAUUCCUGGUUCUCGGAGAGGCGGAAGCUUCGGGACAGCAUGGAGCAAGCUGUCUUGGAUUCCAUGGGGUCUGGCAAAAAGGGCCAAGAUGUGGCAGCCCCCAAUGGUGCUCUCUCACGACUCGACCCCACCUCUAGUGCCCAGUUAGCCGGUUCUCUGCCCAGCCCUUCACCAGCGAUUGCAAAGAGCCAAGAGCAGGUGCAUCUCCUGAAGAGCAUGUUUGCAAGAACCCAGUGGCCUACCCCCCAGGAGUAUGACCAGUUAGCCGCAAAGACCGGCCUGGUCCGAACUGAAAUUGUGCGUUGGUUCAAGGAGAACAGAUGCCUGUUGAAAACCGGAACCUUAAAGUGGAUGGAGCAACAUGAGCACCAACACAUUGUGGAGGACCACGGCUACGACAUCGUCUCAAGGAAAGCCACAAAACCCAGCGCCGAGAGCCCGAAGAACGGGAGCGAGGCGGUUCCCCAAUACCACGAGGACCCGAAAACACCCUGCGAGGAGGACUUGGAGAAGCUGGGGCCCAGGGCGAAGGUGGGCAGCGAGCAAGCGAAAGACUGUUUGCUGGCAAAGCCCGCCGAGGCCACCCCGGACGGGUCAGGGGGCAGCAGCCGGGAUGGCCAGGGCAGCGACGAGAACGGGGAGUCGGGCGUGGUGGAUUGGGUCGAGGUGACGGUUGGAGAGGAGGACGCCACCUCGGACAGGUCGGAUGGCUGGAGUCAGACGGCGCCGGACGGCCCAGCGGAACUGGCCGACUCGGACUCCGACAGCGCCCCUGCCGAGGCUGGCCAGGGCUAGACAGGGGAGUCCGUCAGAACCGCCCUGCUGUUGAAGGGGACACACUGUCCUUGCAGAGAGAAGAGAAGCCCCUCUCCCCCGUGGGCGCCUUCACCGCCGACUCCCAGUGGAGCUGCCAAGCUCGCGUGUGCCUGGUGGGGGCGGCAGCCCCUGCUGCUUCUGCACGCCCCCACCCCCCAGAGGACUGUGGGAGUUGUUCCUAGUGCCCAAGUCCUAACCACUGCGUUUUCAAUGGGUCCUUGUAAAUAGUUUGCUCCUUUACCCCGGCCCCCUUGCUAUACUGGAACCGAUUUGUACAAUGUGGGAAUUUUGUUACCUUUUUAAUCAAGGGCAACUUACUUUUCCAACACUACCAUUGUAAGGUGUUUUCCAGGACGGAGGGCUGAUCACCUGUGCUUUUCUCUUUUCUCCUUUUAUUUUUUUUUAAUUUUUAUUAUUAUUUUUUUGGAUGUUAGCAUUAGUGCCAUUGUAUCUACUGAAUUUUAGGUAGGAAGAAUUUUUUGUUUUUUAAGGUAGUGUGAAAUUGGGGAGAGUUCUCUGUGGGAAGGGCUGAGGUGACCACUGUUACAACUUGGAGUGGGUUUACAGACGGCAGCUCUUCCAAGUCCAGUGCAUUUCUAGUUCUUCCCCUGCUGCCUUUGGGGUCCCUGCCUUAGCCACGCACAAGGCUUUCUCAGCUGCCAAGAGGCAAGCCUGAGUUCUCAGCGGUUUGGCUUUUUCAGCCAGACCUUGGGUCCAGCCAGCACUGGGAGACCUGGGCAGCAGGCAGCCGUCCUCUUUACGCACUGUCUUAACUACCAGCAGAAAGGGCUCCACGUUUGUUAGCAUUAUUACGUUCAUGAAGUUAAAACAAAACAGAUCUUCAUAGCUACAUGGUACAAAGAUGAAGAGCUUGGAUUUUAUUUCUGUUCUUAACUGCCUUUUCUCGGAGUAGUAUUUGACAAGUUUUCAGCUUGAGGCCUCACCAUGAAUUGAUUUUGUUUGUUUGUGUGUUUGUUUGGGGCCAAUUUUAGAUUCCUGAGUGCACUUUUUUGUUGUUGUUAGUCCUAAUUUUUAAGGAAGAAAAACCAAGAGACAGACCCGGUGUAAAUGUUGCAAUAUGAAUUGUGUUUGCAAUCCCCUUGCCCCCCGCCACCCCCUGUUUGAGUACACUGCACAGAUAAAAUGCUAGGGAGUUUGAAUAAAACCAAUUUUUCUAACUCGUUGCUCAUUUGUUGUAACUCAAUAAAGCAAAGACUAAACAUUU